AUGCAAGCGGUUAAUUCCAUAUUCAGAGAGCCGGUGCAACAGGUUUUGGAGAAAGUCAAGAACGAGCCUUUCUUCAAGUGGCCGAAUAAAAUGGCCGGAGACUCCUCAAAACACAACCAGAGUCUGUAUUGUCAGUACCACCAAGAUCACGGACAUACCACCAAAGAUUGCAGGAAUCUAUGGAACCACCUGGAUCAGUUGGUCCGAGAAGGAAAAUUGCGGCACCUCUUACACCCUUCCAACGGUCAUCUGGGUCAGGCAAUCCAAGAACCUCAGAAAGAUAUAUCUUUAAGACCUCCCAUGGGUACGAUACACAUCAUCCUCGCCAUUCCAGGGAGAACCGGCUAUUUUCCCUCUAGGAUAAUGUCUGUGGCUCGGCUCUCCGCUGAGGACAAUGAUAGGGAGUCCAAAAGGUCUAAGAAAGAGAGCUCACCUGUGUUGGGAUUCUCAGAUGAAGAUAAGAUUAGAACCAUACAACCUCUCAACGAUGCUUUGGUAGUGACACUUAGGAUUGGAAGGUUUGACGUGAAGAGAGUACUGGUAGACCAGGACAGUUCUGUGGAAGUAAUGUACCCUGAUCUGUACAAGGGGCUGAACCUAAAGCCCUAG